AUAACACCAACACACAUUAUAUUUGUUUACGCCCAGCACAUCGUGAAGUCAACAAGUCAGCUCUCUCGUUUAUGCAUUUGUUUUAAUAUUUAUUAUCUUUCCUGAGGAAAUUAUAAUCUACUAAAUCCUGAUGGGUUCUAUGGUACAUAUUGUAUCGACAACGGCGUUGAUUUUCGUCACUCUAUUAGACUUUAUAUGUUCGGUAACUGCUGAAAUAUGUCCUUCUGGAAUAGAAUGUGAUUACAAUGAGCAUUGUUGUGAGGAUGGUUGCUGCGCAGGUGAAAAUAAUUACGGAUAUGCUUACGGCUAUGGAUUCUACAACCUGUGGUAUUUCUGGUUUGUGAUCAUCAUGGUUAUGAUGACUUGCUGCGGAGCCUGCAGCUACGUCAAGAAGCGACAGUAUUACAUGAGACAGCAAGAGGGCUUGGCACGGUCCGCUCACCUAACCGGGACCCAAGUUCAUCAUCCUCCUACCACGUACGGUGUCCAUCCAAGCAACUUGGCAACACCAGUAGGCGCCUUCCCUGGUCCUCCAGCUUACAAUGAGGUUACGGGUAAGCCAGACCAGUUCCCCAAGGCAGACUACGGUUACCCCAACUAUGGUUUUGCAGCUCCGCCUUACUCCCCUCACGAAGCCAGCAUGCCUCCUCAGUCAGCAGCACCAGCACCCGAUGGCACCAUUCCAGUCCAUACAACCACCGCCGACGGUACCAUCCCGGUGCAGUAUCCCCCCUCGGCUGCCAUGCCAUACCCUCCCUCCGCUGCAAUGGCGUACCCUCCACCCCACGCAGGGGUACCGACAGCGGCCACGCCCGAUUCAGUGCCUACCACCGCCCCACCCCCGUACACCCCAUCUGUUACCAGCCCACCUGUACUGUCCACAGACCAGUCUAACCUUGUAGCAUGAAUAGAGCAUCAAACCCUCGAGAUAUGGUAAAAACCAUGGAUUACUGUUACCCCAGAAACUUUCACAUCUGUAGUCAAUAUAAAAUAUUUGAAAAACAAGUCGGAAAGUGUUUAAAAAAACAGCACGGAAAAUAUAUUUUUGGACCAUUUUCAACUCUGAAUAUAUUUUCAUCGACCAGUUAUCUUUUAUACCAAACCUGUGUCCACAAAAUAUGUUAUUGUUCUAUUUUUAUUUUUUUCCCCAUAAGAAAAGAGGAGAAAAAUAGGCUAUUUAAAAAAAAAAUACAAAAAGAAUAUAGAGAAAAUAGCCCCCCCCCCCCAAUAUAUUUUUCACCCAUGAAAAUUGAACAGGCAUCACGAGGGAUGAAAGAAACUUUUGUGGAUUUCUAAAGUGGUCCAGAUUUGUACACGUGUAAGUGCUUAAUACUGCGCACUACUGAAUUGCAACACUAAAUUUUAGGAAAUCACACAAGUUCCUUUGAUGUAAAACUGCCGUUUUAACACAAUAAGAAACUGUCAUGUUGUGAAUGUUGCUGAUUUUACAGUGCACAUGUCUAACCUGUUUCCAUGGCAACGAGAGGAUACUUUUUAAAAUGAUUUAUAAAAUCUAGACAGGGUAAUCUUUAUACCUUAGCACAACAUCAACUGUCAUUCAUCUUUCAUGAAGUGAAUUAAUAUAGCGCGAUUUUUGAUAGUGCAGAAUAAUGUAUCUCAGUUUGCAGUCAUCACAUACUGUAGGUCAUGUUCUGCCUUGCUUAGCUCCAAAUUUUGGGGAUAGUAUAAGUCAGCUUAUUUGACAGUUCUUGAUAAUCGUAGAUGAUAUCCAUAUCCCUUUCAUGUUAAUCUUGAAUUCUGGUAAUGGAAAUUAAUUUUCAAAGAAACUUGACUCACAAUUAUUCCUAACGGUUUAUUACGGUAUACAAAAGAUGUGCAAUCGUUGUUCGCACCUGCCAAAACGUGCAGAAUAUACCAACAUUUUUGUUAAAAGCUUUCAAAAUUCUGUUGGCUGUGGGAUAUUGGAUAUCUGUGGGCUGUGGAAAUUUCCUCUUUGUGUCAUGGGAACAGGUCACAUGUUUUUCUUCUUCGUUAUAACAAUAGAUUGCUCACAGGAUAUUGUCAUGUGCUUAUAGUAAAGAUAUUCCUGUUUUACAAUAUACAAGAAUUUUCAAUCACAUGAUUGAUAUAGAUUUAAAGGGAACAUACAAACACUCAGCAAAAAAUGAAAUGAAAGAAAGUGGACACUAUUCAUUAUUCAGAAAAUACUUUAAUUCUCUAUAAUUAAAAGGAGUAAAUAUUUUAAGCGUGAUAUGUAGUUAAGAAUUAUUUGAUGUAGAUAAUGGAAAGAAAUAGAUAAUAUAUAUUAAUCAAAUAAAUUCAUAAGUAUUUUAAUUAAGCUCUAUAUAUUUAUCAAAAGCUAAAUUAUAGAAUAAAGAUUACAGUUAAUAUGUGUGUGAAAGGAUUUGACUACUUUUAGGGCUUCUACUAACAUAUAAUGCCUUCCCAGGAAGAUUUAACUAUUUUAAUCUUGAUUAUAUUCCUCGCAUUCAUGUGGUCGUGUAGAAUGUUUCGUUGUAGUCUGGUAGUUGAAUAUGCGAACACUCACUGACUUUCAUUCCUAAGUGCUGGCGGUUCCAAUGAAUGAGAACAAAAAA